AUGUUGCGCCGGUUGGUCUUCCUUCAGUUGCUGCUCUGGACAGUUGUAGAGGGCCACUACUACUACGACUACGGGUACUGGGAGAUCAACGAGCCUCCGCCGCUUUGUUCCGACUACGAAAUGCUGGUGGUCAACACCCACCAGUGCGUGAGGCGUUGCAACAUCGUCUGCCGGAAUGGAGUGUGCUUCGAGGACGGAGCCUGUCCCUGUGCCGACCAGUAUCUGGCGGGCAAUCCGGAUGGGUUGGUGUGUGCUGCAGAGUGCCUGCCCGGGUGCAGGGCGGCAGGCGGCUACUGCGCCGCACCAGACCUCUGUGUGUGCCGUAAGGACAGGCACUACUAUUUCGAUCCCCUCUCCCAAAAGUGCCGCCACAGGGCGGCCCGACUGCUGGAUCCCUGCCUGGGGCGCUGCACCCAUGGCACCUGCUCCUCCGACGGACGCUGCCUCUGUGCCCAGGGAUACGAGCUAAGGGACAGCCUGCUUUACGGUCAGCAAUGCAUGCCAGUCUGCGAUCACAACUGCGGACCACGUGCCUACUGUUUUGCUCCCAACUUGUGUGCCUGCCGGCAUAAAGAGCAUCAUUAUGCCCACAAUGGUGUCUGCUCCAGGGACUAUUGACUUAGAGGGGCAGUUGGAUAUAAUGGGGCUGUUUUAGGUCCCGCUGAUGACCCCUGGGUUUAAUAUAUGUAUUUAUAGAGUAGGUUUAUGAAUAACUAUAUUACGCUUUUAAAUAAAUUAUUAAUCUUAUAGAAAGGCAAUACGAAUAUACUAAA